CUCCCACACACUCACACACACACACACAAGCGCGGGUCGGUGAAACGUUUUUAUAGUUUGUCUUCCAGCUCCAGUCAUAGCAAGACUUCCUCUGCGAUGAGUUUACAUAACCCGCUCUAGGUGCGCCAAACUGCUGCUACUUGCGGGGACGUUUUGUUUGCAUUAUUUCGGGUCUGGCGUAGUGGGAGGGAGUCUUGGGCCUGUGCUGUUGGUGCCAAUUGUUCCAAUCGUUCUCGGGCUACCAUACCAGCGCUAAACGGCCACUAGUCAGUGACGACAGCCCAGAGAUCAGGCACGAGUCAAAAUCAGACCAACCGAACCACUGAAUUGUGAAUUGAUAGUGUUCAGGCACCCAAGAUUGUGACGGUGGAUGGAGUAGAGAGGACGGGCGGCGACAUGCAACACGCUUGAUUCAGUCGAUACAUGAGGGGGUGACAUCGAGAUGGGCCAGGGGCUCGAACCGUCAACUGCAGAUCUCUUUCUGUUCUCCCGGUCGCAGCCCCCCCAGCUUCCGUCUCGUACCGAUUUCUUCGAGCGAUCGAAGAAGCAAGCGCAUACUAGGGACAACAGUAUAGGCAGCAGCAGCAGCAGCAGCAGCGAGCGAGGAAGCGGCAACGGCAACGGAAAGAGCAGCGGCGACGUACGGUUUGCGCUGACCAGCAGCAGCACAGACACACCAGCAGCUGCCCAUCACGCACGGUGGCAACGGUGGCCCGCACUAUCACAUCACCACCAUCACCACCACUACUACUACUAUUACUACCACUACUACAGCUACUUGCCGCAGUACAUCGGUGCGAUUGGCGCACGCGGUGGAUGCCGUACGUUUGACGUACUCUUCAAACUUUCAUGAGUUUUCAACUAACGCACGCAACAAUGGAGUUUGGCUAGGAAAGGAACGUCGUCAGUGAUCUGCGCUUCAGGUGAAACUAAUCUCGUACAAAGAGAGACAGAGAGCGAAAGAGCGCGAGAGAGCGAACGAAGGCAAAUGUAGUUGACACAUCAAACACACACAUACACACAGAUCCACACUGACGCACGUGUGACCGAACUCCAGUAACACAGCAACAACAGCAGCAGCAGCAGCAGGAGCAGCAGCAAAAAGAAACAAUACUAAAAGCAACAACCGAAAACGACUACUACUGCAGACACCUAUACACAACCUUCUGGGAAGCAGAGCAGCUAAACCAGGCAACAACCGUCACACACCUAUACACAAACACAUACCGUCUGGAGGCGCUUCCGAAACCAUAUCCACAAUCCAAUACGGGUAUUGUUCCCCUUCAUCCGUUUUGCUUUUGUCAACCACGCAUCACCACGCUCGACGUGCGGACACUGCCGGUCAAGCAGUAACGUGUACGUGUGUGUAAGGAAAGGCUCUAGCACAGAGAAAGCGAGAGCGAGCGUACAGCACGACGCCCAGUAUUACGGCAGCGCACCGGCCGUGUCUGCUUGCGAGUAUCAUCGAGCACACUCAAUCGCCUAACCUUAGCACCAGUAGAUGAACCGUGCGCCAUGGUUGCGUCCACCCAGUGAGCGCAAUCGUAUCGCAACUCUCCAGUAACAACAAUAUCUGUAAGACUCUGUUACAAUACCGCCAGUACCUUUGCUACUACUACUACUACUACUACUCCUACUACUGCUAGUAUUUCUACUACUACUACUACUGCUACUACUGUGCUAUCGUCUACACUCUUUUACCCUGUCUGUGGUUAAGACAUCCACCGUACACUAGUAGAUAGUUUGGUCCACCGUUGGACUCAGGGCCCCCAAUCGACAGUGUCAGCAGGAUCUGGGAAUCUGGGCGUUAAACCUCCUACCAAUCCGAUUCAGGAAAUCGGGAGCCAAUCAAUAGCAGUACUAUUCACACAAAAAACACCAACAAUCAAUAGCCUGUCCCUCAGCAGCCUCGAUACCCGAUAAUCACGACUACCAGCUAGGACGACUCUCAAGCUAGGGAGUUUUUCCCCUCAAAAACCAAACUUUUGAUACUAACGCAAGGUGCUCAGACUCUAACGGCACCGGAUCCUCAAAAAUCCGCCCCUCUCAGCGAACAGAAUGGCCAUGGAUCCGCCCGACGUAGUGCUGUCGCCGGAGCGCGAGAGCAGCCUGGUAGCGACCGCUGGCAGCAGCAGUGGUGGUGGUGGCAGCAAGUCGACCACGGCCGCACUGCUCCAGCUACAGCACCGGGCAGCCCAUCCACAGACCCCACCGGCUGCGUUUCAUCUGACCGGCGGCGGUGUAGGCGAGCCGGCACUGCAUCAGCAGCGCUCGGCACUGCUGGUGCAGCAGUCCUCUACCACUACGACGCCACCAGGCAGUAGUGGUGGUGGGUCUGCUGCUGCUACUGCUGGAGUCACGCAGCUAACAGGCAUUGCCGUGCCGACGGCACUGCUAGCCUCGGCCGGUCAGCUGCAAUCGGUGGCCGGUGGAUCGAACAGCUCGGCGGGCGCCACCCCCUCCGGUCUAACGACGACGGGGUCGAGCGGUACGCAGCCAGCGCCUCCGAUCGAGCGACUCUCCCGACCGAUGGCGUUCGAUAAGAUGGAAUCACUAGUCCGCGAGAUGCAAGACUCGGAGAACGGUGUGCCAGUGCGCAGCCAGAAGCUAUUCCUGACCUCCAUACCAUCGGCUUUCAUGGGAUACGACCUGAUCGAGUGGCUGAUGGAGCGGCUAAGCAUCGAAGAGUCGGAGGCACUGAACAUUAGCAACCAGCUGUGCCAGCACGGUUACUUCUUUCCCGUCUCCGACUCGAAGACGCUGAUGGUGAAGGACGAUUCCUCGCUGUACCGCUUCCAGACGCCGUACUACUGGCCCUGGCAGCAGAAGGCGCCCGAUCAGAUCGAGUACGCCAUCUACCUGGCCAAGCGGUCGCUCCGCAACAAGCAGCGGCACGGGCUGGAGGACUACGAGACCGAGGCGCUCGCCAGCCUGCACAAAAACCUGAAGGGCAAGUGGGACUUCAUACUGAUGCAGGCGGAGGAGCAGGUGCGGCUGGCGAAGGACCGCAAGAAGGGCGACAAGAUCGUGGGCGACUCGCAGGAGCGCGCCUACUGGCGGGUGCAUCGGCCGCCGCCCGGCCAGUUCACGCCGCUCGAGCCAUGCCCGAUACCGUCACGCGACCGGCAGGGCAAGCCGCGCAAGCGCACGGUCGAGGACUGGCAGCGGGAGGUCGACAUACUGAAGGCGUCGCUCGGGCGGAACCGGGUGAAGAUGUCACAGGCGUGCGAAAGCCUGGUCGUCUACUACGAAACGUUCAGCGAGUACGACCCGAUGAUGCAGCCGCCGCUGCCGUCGAACCCGUGGGUGACAGAGGACGUCAGCUUCUGGCAGCUGAACCACCCGGUGGUGGAGGUGCCGACCGAGAAGCGCGUCAAGCGCUGGGGCAUCUCUAUCGAGGAGGUCGUGUCGGAUCCGACUGGGUUGCAGGAGUUCACGCACUACCUGAAGAAGGAGUACUCGCACGAGAACAUACGCUUCUGGAUGGCGGUGAACGAUCUGCGCCGCUCUUCGCACUCGCAGAUAUCGCGCAAGGUGAAGGAGAUCUACGAAGAAUUUCUCGAACCAGGCGCACCCUGCGAGAUCAACAUCGACGGUAAAACGAUGGAGAAGGUUCAGCUCGGGUUGAAGAAUCCGUCCCGGUUUGCGUUCGAUGCGGCGGCCGAGCACAUCUACACACUGCUGCUGAAGAAGGACUGCUACCCGCGGUUCGUGCGCUCGGAGCACUACAAGAACCUGAUGGCGAACGCGAUCCAGCCGUCGCUCAAAAAGCGCUUCUUCGGCUUCGGCGGCGGUGCCAAGAAGAAGGGUUCAACCUCGACCGCGCCCAACCCAUCGAUGCUUACCCAGCCAUCCACCGGACAGUCUGGGUCGGGCAACGUGAACAGCCUGUCCAAGCGACGUGGCAGCGACCGCAGCCUGUCGGGAUCGGCCCACGAGCUGGCGAUCUCGGGCGUGAAGGACUGUUCCAAAGUGCCACAUUCUCAUAGCCAAAGCAAUCUGAGUGACAUUCCGUACAGCGUAUCGAUCUACCGUGGUGAUAUGCCGUCCGGUAUAUACGAGGGUGUAUCGUCAUCUUCCAGCAGUAGUACACCCGUGCGAGGCAACGUACGAGUGACAGUUGGAAAGCAACAAGAGAUGAACAAAAAUCUCGGAACGACACUCGAGGUAACGCUGGAAGGGGCCGUGUCCGGUGCGUGUGCCGUCUGCCCCUGGGACACGCCCGUCAUCGAAAAGCCGGCCGCCGAGUCGGCCGUCUCGGUCUCGGUGUGCCCGUGGGACAGUGCCGACGCCAAGCUGCCCACCAAGACGGACAGCACCAACAGCAGCAAGUCGAAGCAGCACGGCGACCAUCAUCCGCCGCACAGCACGGCCGAGAUCAGCGAGGUGUCGGAGCGGAUGAAGCGCUCGUGCGGUUUGCGCCAGAACACGCUCGACGGUGACUUUCACAGCACCAAGCGGUUGGCACCGGUUGUGACCGAGCAGCGACGGGCUUCCAUGACGAUGGCGCCGAGACUGUCCGAUCUGCAGUUCUGUAUGCGCGCGAACUCGACCGGCAGUGGGGCGACGCCGCCCGACAGCACCGCCUGCCUGGCGAACCUGCCGUCCCAGCAGCAGCAGCAGCAGCAGCAGCAGUACCUGCAUCACCAGUCGUCGGUGCGCAUUUCGCAGGGUUCGCUCUCGACGAGCUUCGAGGAGAAGGAGGAGGGAGGCUCGGGCACGGUGUUCUACCAGCAGGAUGGAACGUCCGGCGCCCCUACUCCGAUCGGCGAGGAGCGCGCUGGACAGGUCGGUACGGUGGCGGAGGACGUAGCGCAGCAGGACCGUGGCCCGGGCGACAAUCCGGAUGCGGCUGAAGGGGCGGCAGGGGCACGCGACGCGACGCCCCAAGCGCAGCCGGACGCGGACGUGCCACCACUGCUGUCCACCGCCACGUCCACCGAGCCGCUCGGUGCGGCUACUGAGCUGGUCGGCACGCAGCAGCAGACGUACGGCGGCGUACCAGCGGCUACGGCGUGCCCCACAUCGAACCCCACCACCACCACAAACACCACGAUCACCACCACCACCACUACUAUCUGCACCUCGUCGGCCGGUGCGGGCCGGGCGAAGGCGAGGGAGGCAAACAGUCAGCGUCCGACGAACGUGGACACUGCACCGGAAUCAACCACAGGCACCCCUAGGAUAAGUGUAAUCUAUGCAAACACACCCGACGACGACGAGCCGGCGGAGGAGUACGAGCUGGCAGUGGGCCGCGAGCCGGAGGCGGCAGUGCGGGAGGCAAGCGUCCAGCACGGCAGCCCAGCGGCGGAGCCACUACUGGACAGUGCCAGCGUCGCGACGCAAACGGUGGACGUGCUGCUGCUGCAGGGUGUCGACGCCGCCCAGGACCUGUCGCCGCUCACCGAGGCGGAGGACGGCUUCUACGGGGAGGCACUGCGGCGGCAGCACCACCACCAGCACCAGCAGCACCACCCAUCCGAGUACGACAUCAUGAUGGACGGUGGCGAGAGUGGGCUGCUGCCCGGGUGUGUGGCGCCGGCCCCUACGCCCGCACCCUCUAUCGCGCCGCUGGCCGAGGUCGAGCUGGACCCGCCCGACGACGAGCCGGACGAGGAGGAGCAGGAGGACGGCGGGGGGCAGGAGGAGGAGGGGACCGGGCGGCUCGACGGGGAGCCCACGGGAGCGGCCCAGGAGCCACCGGGUGCGGCGACGCUAGGAGCACCACCACAGCAACCACCGUCCAGCUCCGGUGCGGGAGGCGCGGACGAGCUGGCGAGGCGCCGCAAGCGCCGGGAGCGCAAGGACCGUCCCCCCGAGCCGGGCACGUUGCGGGCGCAGAAGAGCGAGGAGGAGAACAGCGAGCGGAAGGGCGAUGCCGUCUGCCCGUGGGAUGACGAGAGCGAAUCAGCGGCGGAUGAUGCACCGUACGUGAAGACCUACUCCACGCUGGGCUACCUGUAGGGUGGUUUCGGUGGAGCUAGAACCAUCCUACAGGUGAUAGAAGCGGCCGGGUACGCAAUUGCGAUAUAGUGGAACGAACGGCAUGAUACGGAAUCAGGAGCCAAACGCAUCCAAGCGAAGCCAGCAGCCGUUUGAUACAGCAUCGUUCAGUACAGUGCCCGUGUACCGUUUGCAGCACAGAGUUUGACUUCGUACUCCUUCGGUGUCGGUGUCGGUGUCGAUGCAUUACCUACACACAUUCGAUGUGGUUUAGUUCUCGGUUGAUUGAGUGUCUCAAACUCCACUGUUGGUCGUAAUCAUUUCUGCUCACUGUACAAAGGCGUUGACUCUACUUUAAAUUGUUGCCUUCAGUUUUGCCAUAAUUCCAAUUCGUGUCUUGUUGUUUUUUUUUUCAUUUCUUGUGAUUAUUUCUGGAACCAGAACUCCUUUUUUGCCUAUCUUGUUGAGCAUGCUAGCGUAACGAACCACCUGCUUGCGCGAAACGUCUCAUAACGCACGGCACAUUCGGCAUAUCGAUUCCCUGGUCGGCCAAAUCGAGCAGCCGGUCCCCGGGCCCAGGCCGAAUAAGAGAUUCCAGUGGCCCCGUCGGCGUGUAGGUUGUCGCGCGGGUGCAACCGCAAACCGAUCAGCUUCGUACCGACGGGAUGAUUUCGCACGAUCGCCGGGUUGCUGAUCAGCUCCUAUCCGACUGGCCGAAACAUCGGUCGGACACGUGAUGAGCCUCCGUGUGGUACCGGAUGUCGGAGUGAGCCAACCAACUGUCAGCUGCUGCCCGGUGGCUGUGGUGAUUCAUCAACACCAUCCCUCCCGAAGCGAUCGAUACCCGAAGCUGAUCCGGAGCCUUUGCCAAGCAUCCCGUGCCGCCGCCUCGCCGUUGAAACCAUGCCCGGUUCCUCUGGCGGGUAGUACAUACACGCUGCCAGUGCCACCUUGACAAGCGAAUCUUGGAGCCUCCGUCGCGAUUAGCUACGGCAGGCUUGGGCCCGGCCGCGAUUCUGCCUUCGAUUUGUGGAGCGGGUUGAACGGGUGGGGGAAUGCAGAUAGUAGCAACAAGAAACAACAAUAACAACAAACCCGCACUUGAAAGCACGUUUGGCAUUAUACUAGCAGCAGCACUCUUACAAGCAGUAAUAUCAGUCUUCCGAUUUGAGAGUGAUGAUCGCACACGCGCACACGUUUGCGGCGUCGGCGCACCAAUGGAUGUGAUGCAAGUGCUGCCAGAGACCUCAGGGUUUUAGACCGGUUGCGGUGCAAUAAUUUCGAAUAUAUCUCAAAACGUACACAUAGUACACAGUUACCAGGCAACGUACGCUCGAAACACAUCAUACUCAUACGUACGCAUCUAGCAGUAAUUAGUGGAAAGGAGAUGGAGCUGACAACAAUGUAAACCUUUAAAGCAACAGCAAACAAAAUUAUUAGGACACUCCGUUGAUAUCAUGCGGAGUAUAUUACUCAUAGUAGUCAGGUUAGUAAUUACUGCAGUUGGAGCUCCGCAGCUCCACCAGCGCAGUAGUGGUGGAUAACGGGAAGCGUUAACUGAUUGUGCUACAGGGCCAGCUCAGUGCACGCGUUGGCUUAAUAUUUAGCAACUAGUGUACGAACGGGGGCAUGGACUCCAGUCUGUAGUAACCAAAAAAAAAGAAAAAAAAAGAAAAAUAGCGUUUUUAACUCAAAUCACUCAAGUCUAGAGCUAAC